CGCGGCUUCCGUAACUUCAGUUUGAAUGUUCGACGCGGUUCAUCUGCAGACGUUUGUUGUCACCGAGGAAGGAGGAAAAAGCAGAAUGGCCUCCACUCUAUCAUGCACCGAUGAGGGCGCAUUCAAGACCCCCAAAAACGUUCGAGUGAAGAGUUUUGUGAGCAGCGGAGAAUCUCCCAUCACCAUACCUGCUUCACCCUUCAUGAAGAAGCUCGGCUGUGGGACUGGAGUCAAUGUUUACCUCAUGGACAGAGUGGGGAAGCUGAACGCGUCUCCCUGGGCUGUGAAGAAGAUCAACAGCAAAUGUGCAACCAAGCAGGCGGUGGUUUACCAGAAGCGUCUGAAUGAGGAGGCGAAGGUCCUGAAGGGAAUCAAUCAUCCCAACAUAGUUGGUUUCCGUGCGUUUACCACGGCCAGAGACGGCUCCAAGUGUCUGGCGAUGGAAUACGGUGGCGAGCAGUCGCUCAACGACCUCAUCGAAAAGAGGAGGGAGGACGGACUCAAAGCUUUUCCUGCGGCCAACAUAGAAAAGGUGGCGCUGCAUGUGGCUCGUGGCCUACAGUAUCUUCACAACGAGAAGAAGCUGCUGCACGGCGACAUGAAGUCCUGCAACGUGGUCAUUAAAGGUGACUUUGAGACGGUCAAGAUCUGUGAUGUGGGCGUUUCUCUGCAGCUGGAUGAGAACAUGAGAGUGUCCAACCCAAACAUGGAAUACAUCGGCACAGAGCCGUGGAAACCUAAAGAGGCUCUGGAGGAAGACGGCGAGAUCAGUGACAAGUCGGACGUCUUCGCUUACGGUCUGACUCUGUGGGAGAUGAUGACACUGGCGAUGCCUCAUCUGGACAUGCUGGAUGGUGAUGGUGAGACAUAAUUAUACAAACUUGGAAAGCAUUACUUGA